AUGGACAAACAAGUGGAACAGCUUGUUAAAGCUUGCUAUCAAUGUCAACUAGUCAGACCACGAACCAAACCAGAACCCAUACGAUCCACAAAACUACCCGAAGGUCCUUGGAACGACAUUGCAGCAGAUCUCCUCGAAAUUCCAGGUGGUAACCACCUCUUAGUAGUGACUGAUAACUUCUCCCGAUGGCCCGAAGUAGUCCUCGUUAAGAAGACUGACGCACAGCACAUAAAUACAGCACUGGAAGGCAUAUUCAGAGCACAUGGUCUUCCUCAGAGUAUCCGAACUGAUAAUGGACCACCCUUUGCAUCGAAGCUAGUCCGAGAAGCAGUAACCAGUGGAGUAACCACUAGUUUCUUGCAACAUCUUGCAAUAGUAGUAACCACUAGUUUCUUGCAACAUCUUGGAAUUGAACACAAGUAAGCAGUAACCACUAGUUUCUUGCAACAUCUUGGAAUUGAACACAAGAAAGGUAUCCCAUACUGGACCCAAAGCAACGGAAAAGUUGAGAGAUGCAACCAGACAAUCCUGAAAGCAAUCCGAAUUGCCAACCUCGAAGGAACGAGCUGGAAAAUAGCACUGGAGAACUUUCUUUUUCAUUAUCGAGCAACCCCCCAUGCUGCAACUGGUCUAUCACCAGCCAAACUACUGAUGAGCAAAACGCUUCGCGACAAACUGCCUCAAAUUAACAAUUCCCGAGGACAGAGCAAUCGAAGCAGAAUGGCAACAACGUCUGAGAGAAAGAGAUGCUCAAAAUAAACUUAGACAAAAGGAGCAUGCUGAUAAAAAAAGAUCUGCGGAACACAGCUCUAUUGCGCAAGGUGAUGAUGUGCUUUUAAAACAAACCCGUGAGAACAAAUUGGACACCAACUUCGAACCAAUGCAAUACAAAGUUAUUCGGAAGGAAGGCAACUCCAUACUACUAGGGAACCAUGAAGGAGUCCGAAAGAUGCGCAACAUCGCACAUGUAAAAAACUGA